GGCUGCUCUCGGCCAUUUCCAGAAGUUUCCUCCGGGCGCUUAUAAACCCCUCGCGCGGCUGCUGUGGGACAGAGCGGACACACGUGCAACCCGCAGCGCGACCCAGGUUCCCCACGGUGCCGGUCUCUACUGAAACCAUGUGGGCAAUCCAGUUGUUGGCCCUUGGUGUCCUCGUGGCCGCAGUGCCUUCUGAAGACAAGAAGUUGAGCGAUAAGGCCAAUGCCUUAGCAGAUCGCAGUGCCACCCUGGCCUUCAACCUCUACCACACAAUGGCCAAAGACAAGAACAUGGAGAACAUCCUGGUGUCUCCUGUGGUGGUGGCCUCUUCCUUAGGCCUGGUGUCUCUUGGUGGCAAGGCUGCCACAGCCUCCCAAGCCAAGGCCGUCCUCAGCGCCGACAAAUUGAACGAUGACUACGUGCACAGCGGGCUGUCGGAGCUCCUAAACGAGGUCAGCAACAGCACGGCCCGCAACGUGACCUGGAAGAUUGGGAACCGCCUGUAUGGCCCCAGCUCCAUCAGCUUCGCUGACGACUUUGUGAAGAACAGCAAGAAGCACUACAACUACGAGCACUCGAAGAUCAACUUCCGGGACAAGAGGAGUGCCCUGAAGUCCAUCAAUGAGUGGGCCUCCCAGACCACCAACGGGAAGCUCCCUGAGGUCACCAAGGACGUGGAGAAGACUGAUGGAGCCCUGAUUGUCAAUGCCAUGUUCUUCAAGCCUCACUGGGACGAGAGGUUCCACCACACGAUGGUGGACAACCGUGGCUUCAUGGUGACCCGUUCCUUCACCGUGGGUGUUCCCAUGAUGCACCGCACAGGUCUCUACAACUACUUUGAUGACGAAACUGAGAAGCUUCAGAUUGUAGAGAUGCCACUUGCUCACAAGCUCUCCAGCAUGAUCUUCAUCAUGCCAAACCACGUUGAGCCUCUGGAGAGAGUUGAGAAGUUGCUGACCAGAGAGCAGCUGAAAAUGUGGAUCAGCAAGCUGAAGAAGAGAUCAGUGGCCAUUUCCCUGCCAAAAGUCAGCCUGGAAGUUAGCCACGAUCUUCAGAAACACUUGGCCGACCUUGGCUUGACCGAAGCCAUUGACAAAAACAAGGCCGACUUGUCUAAGAUUUCUGGCAAAAAAGAUCUCUACCUGUCUAAUGUCUUCCAUGCUGCUGCCCUCGAGUGGGACACAGAGGGGAACCCCUUUGAUGCCGACAUCUACGGCCGAGAAGAAAUGAGGAACCCCAAACUCUUCUAUGCUGACCAUCCCUUCAUCUUUUUGAUUAAGGACAACAAAACUAACUCCAUCCUCUUUAUUGGCAGGCUGGUGAGGCCCAAAGGGGACAAAAUGCGGGAUGAGUUGUAGUUGGGAAUUUCAGGGUCACUUUUUCUUGUUUUAAAUGGGGAAAUGUUAUUCCAUAUCCUUUACGAACUGAUGGGUGCUAUUUGGACCAGAGUGCAUUUUGAUGGUAAAUCCAACGUACACUUUACCUCACCCAGAGUAACCCACCAAAAAAAAAAUAAAAGGGCCACCUCAUGGGAGGAGAAAGGGGAAAUUCUCAAAGGGAAGAGGGGCAGGAGGAAUACGUUUCCUGGGGCUUGACUCUCAAUCAAAGCUAUGUCGGCUGAGAUUUUAGGCUGUUGCCAGGGUUCCCUUCCCUGUAGUACAUCGAGUCCUUACAGUAAGUGCCGUGACAGUCUCCCAAGAAGCAUACCAUUCAUUGGGACUACUAGAAAGGUGCCACCCAACCCACUUCCAUGUCCAUCACUUGCCUGUUUGCCGUAGACACAGGGAACAUAGCUCUGUCCCCAUUUUGCCCUCCCAGCUUACUUUGUUCUUUAAAGGUAUAUUAUGCCCACUGACACAGGUGUCAGCAUUACUGUUUCCUUGCACAGGAAGCUGCUGGCUCCAUGUGGAAGUUGGCGAGUCGGUGCCUUUAUCUGUCACCUAUAUUUUUGCUCAGUGAAGGAAAGGAGAGGAUCCCGUGCGCUCCAGGGAGAGUCACGGCUACAGUCCUGACGGUAGAGUAGAAAGGGACCCUGUGUAGCUAGUGUAAGUGCCUUCUCCCUUUUAUGAUGGGGAACAAGCUUCUACACACAGUGGUCCAGGGAAGCAGAUGCUGCAAGUCUGUGGGCCAUGUGCUUGCACCUUCAACAGAGCUCAGCCCUGCACUGAAUUGUGCAGGACUUUCUGCUUCCCCUGCCCCCCCUUAUAAGAGCAGAACAAACCAAAAACACAUAGUCUCCUCAUCUGCAGGAUCAGCUUCAAUCAGCAUCACAGCAAGCACUUGAUGGAAAAUGAAUCCUACUUCUGAACGGUGUCUCAGCAAAGAGGCCCAGAGCCGAAUAGAGAAAAACCCCUUUUCACUCGUUCUUUUUGGAUCGGGGCGAAGGCUUUCCAGUGGAGAAGGUUGUUUCUCAACUAGCUGCGUGGGUCCCCAAGCCAUGGGUGACAGAGGGUGACAGUCUCUAGGGCGAUCCAGCUGACACUUUUCAGCAGCAGGAGACCCACAAUUAAUUAACACCAAACCAACGAGAGAGAGUUCAUUUCCGUUGGUGUUUUUUGUUUGUCAGGGUGCAGGUGGGGCAAGAAAUAGUUUACAGGGCAAAGGGUGUCUUACUAGGCAGACGGGCUUGUCCCUUAAGAGUCCAAACAGAUGUCAAUGGAAAGGCACCUGCUGGGAGCUACAGUGGGCCUUUCAUUUCCAUAUUUUUAAAUAUGCAGAUUGAGACUUCCCCCAUAAGCUGGAUUCCCAUUGACCCCUUUCUAAAAAGGACAUCCCCAGGCUCUUGCUCUUUAUUGACUGACCUGGACAAGAAGAGCUGUACAUUUUCAUAAUUACAUCUGAGAAACUUCAAUGUGCUUCUCAGCAAGCGUCACAACUAACUCCAGUCGAGGGUUGAUGAGGACAUUGAAGCACGCGUGCAGUUCUCACAUGCCUAGCCAAGUUGUAGAGCUAGUAAUACUUGAGAUUGUUAAAAGUGGCAGGCUCUUUGCUUGAUUUGGCAUUGAUGCUCAGUGUCAUCCACCUGCUUAGAUGACAAAACUGGCUCCACGAAGAGUUCCUCUCAUUCAUGUUCCUUUCUAAUCCAGUCCACUUUCACAGUCCUAUGCAUAGGCCAAAUACUGCAGCGGCUGGGUUUCAGCACUACAGAGGAACGUUUCCGUUAACUUAUUAAAAACCGGUGCGAUUCUUUCCUAUUGGUCUUAUUCCUAAGAUACAGAUAUAUAAUUUGGGCCAAAAUUGGACCUGACCUAGUCUCUCUUAGGUAGCUACAAGUUACAAAAUCACCGUAAAGCUUGUGUGCCCAGAACUACAUACAGGUCAGCCUGAAGGGCAUUGCUGUUCUUCACUCCUCCAUAGGUGAGUUCUGAAAAAA